UGUUAGAUUAGGUGGUUCGACAACAUCAUGAAGAUCGCCGGGAUGGUGACGUUGGCGUUUCUUGCUUUAAUCUGUACAUUGGAAAAGGCACAAUGUAAUCUGCAAUUUCAUCCUUCUAGAACAGUCCUUCAGGAGAGAUGGCUAUCGCGUGCUGCUUCUCAGUUUUGGGAUUUUUACCUACCGACGAGGGUAGAGCCCAACAUCUCUUGCGGGCUUGCUCUCCAGGACAUGGCUGUUUCGCUUGCAGACGAGCGCAGCAUCUGGGCUGCUAGAAUGGUGGACUCAUGGGGUAAGAGUGAUGACGGCAUCAUAUAUGGGAGAUUUUACUAUGAAGGAUCCUAUGACGAAUGCAUGUCGGUCGCUUCCCCUGAACAGGACAUCCGUGGGAAAUACUGUCGUAUAAUGAUAAGGCAAGAUAUUCUACUGUUCAAUUAUUCACCUUUUCGAAAAGUAAAAGAAAAAUCCAGCUCAGAGCCGAGGUCACCGAUGCUAUUGCCACCUUGGUUUGUUCAUCGGCCCGAAAUGCGUUUAAUUCCGGGUGCGGUUGAGGGACUCGAGGAAGAACAAGAAUUCAGCUAUAGCACUUGCAUACCAAGCAUUUGCUCUCACCAGGACCUUUGGGAAAGUUUGAACGUGACGUAUUCAGUACUCAAUAGCACGAUAGUGGACUUGCAUUGCAAAGACAUGAAUUCACCCGAAGCAUUCAACGCGGGAGAUUACGCCUUCAUAUUGCUUCCCCCAAUCUUGGUUGUGUCUGGCCUAUUUGGGACUGUCACCAGAUUCUUCGAAACAGGUCCUUUCUUCAGUUACUGGGAGACUUACGUGUAUCCAUCUUGCCGCGAUUACUUUUGGAAAGACAUUUUGAUGCUGAACAACUUCAACUUGGAAGACCGCAUUGGCUCUUGUCUAGGACAAUGUUGGUACGUCUCUGUGGACACCCAGCUUUAUCUGGUUGCACCUUUGUUCAUCCUGCCAUUGGUGUAUAAAGAGAAAUUAGGAAAAAUGUGGCUUUAUUUCGUGACUUUGAUGUCGGUUAUGAUCCCGGCCCUGAUUAUCUAUGUCAACGACCUUCCACCUUCUAAUGUCAUGGUUGGCGAAAAAGGAGGAGAGUAUUUUGAGAAAGUGUAUUUGAAGCCGUGGACUCGUGCUGGGCCGUGGGUGAUGGGGAUAUGGCUGGGUUAUGUUUUUCACAAGCAAGGCAAGGAGAGAUUCAUUCUUAAACAGUGGCAGGUUGUGGUUGGCUGGAGCUUUUCUACGAUCGCAGCUCUACUCAUUCAGUUUGGAAUGUAUAGUUAUAACACUAUUCCUGCUAAAGCAAUGUAUGAGAUCAUGACUCAAGUUACGUAUGGCGGCUUACAAAGAAGUGUAUGGGCGGCAUGUCUGGCUUGGAUAGUCUUUGCCUGCCACAACGGCUAUGGAGGAUUUGUGGAUAGAAUUCUCUCGCACCCAGUUUGGCAGCCCUUGGGCCGCAUCACCUACAGCCUUUACCUUGUUGCUCUUCCCAUGCAGAGCGCUAUUACGUUUACUGCCAGGACGCACUUCGUUUUUACUUAUAUUGCUAAGAUUUUUGAGACUACAGGAGCGUUGUUCAUAUCAGGUGUUGUAGCUGUGUUAGUCUCACUGUCAGCGGAGUCCCCUAUCCUCGGCCUGGAGAAAUUGCUAUUAAGGCGGCCUGCUCGACGUGUCGAUCGGACGGUUACCAAGACGACAGACAAACUUUUGCCAGAAGACCAGAUUGACACUAUGGGCAAGAUGGAUUGGAGUGGAAAUGGUACUGAAAUGGAAAUUGAAGGAAAUGACAACAAAGUCUUUGGCAUUGAGGUGAAUGAUACUAAAUUGUAGUUCUAGUUAUUUGGAUUGGAAAUUAAAACGAGUGAAAGAGAACAAUAUUGUACCCCCCCCCCUCCUCUUUUAUUUAACGAGGUAUUAAAUGACAUCGAAGUAUCAUAUAUGCAGAUGCAUUAACUUCAAAUGAGCAAUGUUCGUUCUGAACAAAAUUCCUGUCUGGAGUGGUGUGAAUAAAGUUUCAGCAAUUGGCAAA